CACAAUUUUAUUUCUUAAUAUUAAAUAAUAUCCAACUCCCUUCCUACGGAAAUUUAGAUUAUCUUUAGAAGUAUCCCUUUCUCACCAACUUCUCCUCAAACACUCAACACCCACCAUGUAUGUAAGUCUGUCUUUGAAGUAUUGUGAUUUCAUAAAAUAUAAGUAUUGUAUGUGAAUACCCACACUGAUUUCCAUCUGAUCUGGUUAGUUCAAGGCCACURAGAAAAUGAACACAUUGAAAACAAUUCGACUACUAGAACUUGUUGGUGAAUGGUAGUUUCAACUUUUAAGAAUUUCACAAUUUUCGGACUUACGUUUAAAUUAACAAAUACAUGUUUUUGUUGUACUUAAAAUUAUAUUUUCCGUUUUUCAUGUGACUUACCGAUUGUACGUGGUGAUUUAGUUCGUAUAAUAUUUUUAAUAUUAUAUUGUACCUACAUUUGUUACUUCAGAUAAUAAACAACAGUCAAUAAUAUUCACUCAGCAAAAGAAAAAAAAUAAUCGAAAUGCUGUUGAAUAGUUAUCUAUAAUGUCUGAACACAGAAAACAUUCUAGGAUCUCGGUGAUGCAAAUGUUUCAUGAGCUCAAACAGCAAUUUCCCACAAUUCCAGAUCAAGUAGUUUCUGAUUGUAUACUUAAGCAUUCAACUAAUCGAGAAGCUUGUGUAUCAAAUCUAAAAAGUGUUCAGAAAAAUUACGUUCAACAAGCUUAUCCAUCUGAUAUUGUAGAUAAAAUGGCUAAUAGACCCAAGACUCUUGAAAUGUCACCAAACAAUCUUUCCUUGCCUAAAUUACAAUUUUCAAAUAGACCACAACAAUUUGAUGACUCAAAGGAUUUAAUAAAUUCAAAUCAAAGUGAUGUAGAUGACACACAGAUUUUAGAUAUAGAUUUUAAUAUAAAUAGAUGUCAAUGUUCAUCUAUUUCGGCACCAUCAACUCCUUCACUACGCCAUCAAGGAGAGCAUAGACACAAAUCUUGUCUUUCCUUAGAUUCUGUGCCGUUUGUUGAAACACAAUGUCGGCCAUUCACUUCUGUAAGCCUCACUUUAAGAACACCUACUAAAGAUCCUUUACCUUUGGACUUAUUAGCUGGUGGAGGUUCUGAACUCACUUAUACAGCUUGUUCAUUUGAUCCUACUACUGAUCCUAAAAAUUGUUACCAAUCAAGACUUCAUAUAAGUAUUGACCCUGAAGGUGAAACAACUGUGACUACUUCUCGUGUUAUGGUUUCUCCUACAAAUGUUAAAUCUAUUAAUCGGAUGACUGAAAUUCAAAUUCCGGGAUCAGUUCAAAUUGAUAAUAUUUUACCUAAAACUAAAAUGGUAAUUAAUGCUCAAUUAGAACGAAAACAGAAGUUGGCAUUAGAAUUGUCAGCAGAAAAACAAAGAUUAGAAAUUAUGAAAAAAAAUGUGGCAUCAAUGGAAGAAGAUAUUUCUAAAAGGCGUUCAUAUUCCAGAAAGAUUGAACGUUUAAGAAAUGAUGUUGAAACGUUACGGUUAGAAUGUAAUAAACUAACUAUUCAAGUAGAUACAGCUAAAGAGAAUCAAGUUUUAUCAGACGAAACCAAUAAACAAUUUUAUAAUAAAAUUUAUACUGGACAAAAAGUGUCUUUUGGAAAAACCCACAAAGAAUAUCAAGAACAUUCAGAAAUCCAAAACUGGGUUUGUCCUAUGUGCACUUUCCAAAAUCAUCCAAUAUUGCCAAGAUGUGAACAGUGUGAUAUGGCUCGUUUUGAUCUAGGUACUACAACAUCAGUUGUGAACAACAAUAUCCCCAUGUGCACAAAAUUAACUGCAAAUCUAACAAGACAAUGCUUAACAUGAGUGAAACUUUUAGCAGUGUGUGA